AUGAAAAUGCCGACCCCCUAUCUUCCUGGUGAAUUGUUGCUCCUCGUUGCGGAUUUUCUUGAUAGAGAAAGAGAUAUCAAAUCCUUAGCUCGAAUCAAUCGGCACUUUUAUUUCCUCCUUAAUCCAUACCUUUACCGGCGCAAUUCGCUGACUUCUGGAAGUUCGGUGUUGUUGUGGGCAGCCGCCCGAGGGAGCGAGGCGACGGCUCGAACCUGCGUUUCCGAAGGAGCUGAUGUUGAGGCGAUCGAUAGACAUGGUAGGACACCGCUAUCCUGGGCUGCGAUGAAUGGCCGAGAGGCAGUGGCCAAGCUUUUGCUGGAGAAUACGCGGGUGGAUCUCGAGCUCAACGGGAAAGACCGCUGCGGUUUCUCUCCAUUGUCCCUAGCGGCGUGUAAUGGCCACGAAACGAUGGUGAAGCUGUUACUGGACACUGGGCGAGUGGAAAUCGAUUCCAGGGACUCGAAGGGUUGCACGCCACUAUCCAAGGCAGUGUCAAGAGGCCGCGAGUCGGGGGUGAAGCUGUUAAUCGCGACUGGACAGGCGGAUCUCCACUUAAAGAACCGCUUCGAUGAAUCGCUUUUCUCCCUGGCGGCGAGCAAUGGCCAUGCAACGAUUGUGAAGCUGUUACUAGAGACUGGGCGGGUGGAAGCGUCAGAAGGCCACGAGUCGGUGGUGAAGCUAUUGCUCACGACUGGUGGAGUGGAUGUCGACGGCAAGGACUUCGCGGCUACCACACCACUGGCAUGGGCUGCGUUUCAGGGCCACGAGGCGGUUAUGAAGCUAUUGAUGGAGACGGGGCGGGUGGAUAUCAACUCAAAGGACCGCUUCGGGUCUACCCCAUUCUGCCUAGCGGCGCAUAUCGACUCUAGGAGCUCUAGUGGUCAUACACCACUGUCUUGGGCGGCUUCGGGAGGCUACGAGUCGAUAGUGAAGCUGUUGCUAGAGACUAGGCGGGUGAAUGUCAACUCUAGGGACUCUAGUGGUCGCACGCCACGGUCAGCGGCUGCGUCAAACGGCUUUGAGACAGCGGUGAAGCUGUUACUGGAGCAUGGACGGGUGCAUACGGACGAGAAUUCUGGACAAAGACAUUGGAAGGGAGUUAGAAAAAACCUCACAAGGUGGUAA